AUGGAGUUGAUGCCAGUUGAUGUUGCUGCAAUGCAACAAAAUUAUGAAAUUACUUUUCAAAUUGAAAUUUAUUUCUAUAAAAGUACAUUGGAAAUUGAAAACAAAGAUAUAAAUGAAGAUAAUGACAAUGAGUACGAAGAAUAUUCUGAGAAAAUUAUACAGAUUUUGAAAAACUCAGCUAUUGAGAGACUUUUUAGCAUUAAAAAUGGAAUUACAAGGUAUAAAAUUAUAUUCUUAUUUGAAGAACAUCUGUAUGAUUCAAUUAAGUGCCUAUUUACUGAUCAAGAAUGGAUAAUAGAAGAAAAAAUUGAGGGUUUGCUUCCAGUAUUUGAACAUAAUCUACAAUUACUUUUAGAAAAAUAUGAUAAUGCUAUUUCACAAAAUAUCAUUGGAUAUUAUAUUGACUUGAAUAAAGUUGAGGUCAUUAUCAGUCAAGCACCAUUUGAAAAUAAUCCUUCAUACUUAUUUGCAAGAGAUUGGAUGCUGAGGUGGAUUCAACAAUUGGAAUUGAAAAGAUAUUUAGACAAACGUAAAAUAAAUUCUGGUAGCUGGUUUCAUAAUGCAGUUUUAUUAAUGAAUGUUAACCACACAGAAAUUCAGAUAGCUUUUGGGGAAGUUGUUAGGAAUGCUUAUUAUCAUGAUGAUGUAAAAAUGAGAAGAGAUCGUACAAAGAUUCUUAAGACUAUACAACUGGCUCUCUUCAAUAUUUGGAAGUUGUUUUCAGAAAAUGAUUCAAAUCUAGAAAAAUUAGAAACAUAUAGAAUUCUUGUGUACAGUGAGUAA